CUCUGGGAGCGUGCCUAUAACGAGCUUAAACAAGAAGAAGUCAAAUUGGUGGACGCAUAUGAGAAGAUACUGUCCCGACAGCUACAAAAUGGCUCCAACUCAAUGGUGCUUGAGUCUCAGCCGAACAUCAUCGCCCAAAGCAACUCGGACAGGCGCCGCCAAAUGACUCAGCUUAUCAAUGCCGGUCUAGCCAAGACUGAAAGAGAGGCUAAAGUGAAAGAGAGCUGUGGCGAAGUCGUGGACGUUGUUCUAUCCGUUAAGAACAUUGUAAGUGCGGCAAUCCAGGCCGUGCCCCAAGCCGCGUUCGCUUGGACCGGCAUUUGUAUCGUUUUAGAGAUAUUCAUCAAUCCUAUAAAAGCGACCAAAGCCAACCGCGAAGGGAUCGACUACGUUGUUAAGAGAAUGAAGUGGUACUGGAGCUUGUCGAAUAGCCUUCUCAAGGAUCCUACCAACAAUAUCAGCGAACUCUCUGGAAUUAGAGGCGAAUUGGAGAUCCAAAUUGUUGACCUCUACAAAGCACUCCUCUCUUACCAGAUUAAGAGUGUUUGUGCUUAUUAUCGCCACCGAGGCCUAAUCUUUCUGCGAGAUAUGAUCAGGCUUGAUGACUGGAAAGCUGAUUUGGGGGCUAUCCGAGAGGCCGAGAACUGCUUCCAAAACGACGACCAAACAUACAACAAUCACGCCCAAACAUACAACAAUCAGCAACUG